AUGGUCUUCGGAUUCCAACAAUUCAAGAUGGCCUGGGCUGGGAAGGCUCGAGGUCCUGCUCGGUCUGAGAAGCAAGAGUAUUCUGCCCUUCAGGCCACGGACUCUGACAACGAGUCCCUUGAAAAUAGCACCAGGUACAAGACAGCCAAGGGAACUCGUGGUAUGCAGAUAUUCUCAGUGGCUCUUGUGGCGACUUCAUGCGUGUGGAUGGGGUGGUCUCUUCAUUCCUUCUACUUACCGCACUCUCAUUUCCAACGCGUCCGGCAUCCAGGGGUGCCCAAUUAUAUCACCGAUCCCGUCGUGUCGGAAGUCUUCAUGAUCGAUCCACUAUUCAACCUCGAGCGAACUGACAAGGAGAGUGAGGAUGCUUGGCUGGCAUACGAGUCACGCUUCGUUGAGAUUCAUGAACCAGAGCAAUACGGCCUUCCUCCAUCCACCCAAUUGGUCGAAGGUGGCCCGCAUGCGUACUCGCUCGCCGCCUACCACCAACUGCACUGCCUCGCCGUUGUACGCUUCGCCUGGCACACGCUCCUCAACAACGGCUCGACAGCAUUGGAGCAACCGUUCCCUGGCCAGGCACACUUCAGCGAAGGCUACACUAUCGGCUCGCACAUGGGUCAUUGCGUGGAGAUCAUCAGACAUGCCUUGACCUGCUAUGCUGAUGCUACUCUCGAGCCACUUUUUCAGGAGGACGGUAUUCACCCCUCAAAAGAGAUUGCUAGUGGGUGGGGCGUACACCACACCUGUCGGAAUCUUGAUUCGUUGACCAGCUGGGCGGACUCCAAGAGCAUCCACAUUUAUGCCAAGGGCGAUCUCAACGGCUGA